AUGCGCUCUGUAUUAUGCACGCUGUUUGUCUGGACACUGCUGGAGAACCAGACGAGAGCUGACACGCACCUCAGCAGCCUGCGAGCUGCGGCGGGUAAACAAACUCCGUCUUCAUCAUCAUCAUCAUCAGACAUCACACUCCAAACCAAGAACAAUGUCUUUGCAGCAUUGUGGCGCGGGGAGUUUCCUUGUGCAAACUGGGACUGCAAAUGUGCGUUCAGUCGAGCACGAGGCUGCUGUUGUGGCAUCCAGGAGCUCCGAGAGCUGGAGGAUGAAACCCUCCUGAGAGUCGUGGAGUUGUCCCGCAGCUUGUCCCAGCUUGGAGACAGCAUGCUCAAGCUCAUGGGAAAGAGCAGAGUUGUUUUCAGCGCUCAUUUGAGGCCAGCGAGCACGUGCCUGGGACCGUUCACCAGAAGCACGGCUAUUUCCUAUGACGUCAUCACCCUGAACCACGGAAGCGGAUACAACCCUGCUCUGGGGGUUUUCACGGCUCCCUGCUCCGGACUGUACUCCAUCUCCUACUCGGUCUACUCAAAGCUGGCCCUGCCGGGGGGCCGGAUGUUUUACAAAGUGCGGCUCAUGAAAAACGGGGUCACGGCAGCAUCGAUGUGGGAGCAGAACAGGGAGGACUCGGAGGACAGCGGCUCUCAGACAGUUCUGCUCCCGCUCCAGCUGGGGGACCAAGUCUACGUGGAGCUUCUCGGGGGCCGGCAGCUGUGCGGGAAUGUGGAGGGAUCAAACACCUUCACUGGCUUUCUACUGUACCCUGAGCAGUGA